GACGCAAGGUCUGCUUGUCUGGUCGAUUGGCACAGAUAGUCUACAUUUUCUUUAUUUCUCUAUAUCCCGAUUUUUUUUUUAUGUCUUCUUCUCUUAGUAUAGUGUUUAUCACAGUGUCUUGAUAUGGAUAUGCGGCAAAAUACUUCGAAUCAGGUUGUAGCUUAUUUGUUAUACUUAGCUUGAAUUAUCGUACGUCGGCGAAGAGCGCGCCACGUGCGAGAACCAUGACCUACCACAAUCGAUUCUCGUGUAACCCCCUCCAGUGAUCCCGCUGAUUGCCAGUUUACAAACUUUAAAGCGUUCUGUAAUGUCAUAUGAAUCCAGCUAAUUGCAAAAAAAUGUAUUUGACCAGACGACGCACGAUAAUUAAAGGUAAAUGAUACGCGCUUUAGAUUCGAACAGUUGGUGCUCAGGGAGAAAACUGUUGUGCAGGUCAGGGUUCGGCACAUCAGUAUAGUGUGAUGUGCGUCUGGCACGCGCUCGUCAGUAAUAAGGGUACACUCGCCCUUGCCGCUCGCCCGGGUUGCGGUUCGUCCCGAAAAAAUGGUCAGUGUGCUGUGAACUGAACAAACUGGUCUCGUCUAAGGCCUCGCACGUGUACGUCUCUGCCUCGCUACGGUACUAAACAUAAGGAAUUACUCGACGUGGCGCACGGAAGACAGGGUGACUGCACAUUCAGAGAAGCACCAUCUGGCCCACAACCAAGACCCUGAACGUCCUCCUGCUCAUUCUGCGCCGCAACCACAGCCCUGCCUCGUCGUCCCUCGCAAGCCACCUGUAAUGAUCCCCGGGCCAUCGACCGCCAGCGAACGAGUGGCCGCUCAGACAGGCAGAUGACACAGCCGGAUGCCUGACUUGAAGCUCUGGAGAUUCCCCCGCGGCCGCUGGCUUCACGGACGUUGAGCGCCGACUGACAUGGCUGUGGGAAGUGAAUCCCUUAUGCUGACGGGCUCAUCUCGCCAGGCGCAAAAGAUAUUCGACAUCACACAAGAAAUCAAUAAAUUUUAAACGUAAUGUUUGUGUUCAACAAUAUCUAGUCAGCACUGGGGAUCCUGACGAAUUAGCGAAUUUAAGCCUGUUCUGCCUCACUUUCCUCAGACUGCGUCGUCGCAGAAGUCAUCACGGUUAGUAAUUUCUGAGGCAAUUUAAUGCCCAAAGGAAGAAUGUUAUGACAUAGGAUUAGCAAUACGUGAGAGCAAAUCUAGCAAUCAAGACAAUAAAGGUAUAACCCGCAAUCCUUCCCAAAAAAGGAAUCAGGGUUCUCAUUAGACUGACUAUGCUGACGUGGUUGGAGGGGAACUGUGACUCCCCUCGUGGCCAGGAAUCCAACGCCCACUGCCCCCGAACUGCCUCCAUGGUUCCCCCCGCGAUUCUGCACUCGAAUGAGAACCUCCUGCGGCGAGCUAAUCCGGUGCUGUUGGGAGGCCACGCCUUCAAGAGAGUGCAGCGGAGGAGCGAAAGCGAAGGGCGCACGACCGCUGCCGGUCCUUACGCGGACGAAACCUUCGUUAGGCACACAAAGGCGUAUGGAGUCGCUAGGAAUCCAGACCAAAGCCACCUCAGCCCUUUACAAAUUUACCCAUUUACUUCUACAGCCAACCAGUGCCAUUACAACAAUCAAAGCUCUGAUAUGACAGGUCUCUCUAAUCAAACCGAGUUGCUCAAUAACACCAACCCUAUGAUUCUCACUCAUCAAGUACAUAAUUAUUAUGGCUAUGGAAGCUCACCGACUAUCAAUGAAUGUUCCUUAGAUGGCUUUUACUUUUCUGAUCUCAGUAGCGCUUACGGCAAAUAUCACAUCAUUCCCGGAAAUCCGAAAGGCCAGAUACCCCCUGCUUGCUGUGACAGCAAAGUCAAGGGGGAAUGGCACGAACCUGUCCGUCCUUAUCCAUUAUGGAAACCAUUCCGUCCCACCAGACAUUCAGCCUCACCCAGUCCGAAUAACGAAGUAUCGAGUAAAGAUUCACAAAGUAUCAGUCAUGUAAGUCGAAAGAAAGGUUCAUCCGUUUCAAGAGAAGAAGACCAAAAUGCGAUUGACUUGGUGGCAGCCAUGAGAGCCUCCUUUCGGCAGGACCGACGGAAAAGUCCUGUGUAUGAUCGCUCCUUAAAGAUUUUGACUGACAAGGAGCUGAAAACUGUUCUUAAGCCCAAAGAUUACGACGAGCUCAUGGGUCUCAUCAAGCUGAACCUUGGCACCUUAACUUCAAAUCUUCACCAGCAUGUAGGCAUGGAUACAAUUGAAGGGUUAGGGGAGCUAUACAGCCUGUUUGUAGAGCACAGGACUCACUUUUUCACGAAGAUACCGUUCUUUAAGCAAUUAUGUUUGAGUGACAAGCCUCGUCUCUUGCGUCUAGCUGUAGCAAUCAGCACCCACAUCUCAGCUGCACAACACAUAGACGCGAGCACGUACACAUGGCCGCGUAGUGACGCUUCCCAAGCAAACUCCCGCUUACCAAUACUCUCGGCGUCAACGCUUCGCCAGAUCGUCACACACGAGCAUUUUUUGGCGAUUAUGAAGUUUUAUACGAAUUACUGUCACAUCUACGCCGACCCUAACGCGUCAUUGUUGACAGAAGUGCUCUCCUUGUUCUACGACGAGCCAGGAUUGAGUGACCCGAGGUCUGCGUCCACGGCCCGAAGUCAUUACCUUGCCUUGCUGUCACGCUACCUAAUAGCUGUGCAUGGAUGGCAGCGUGGUUCCGAUAUACUAAAGGUGAUAAUCAGGAGCCAGCGAGAAGCACGACAACUAACAGAAAUACACCAGUACGUAGAAUUCCGUGCACAGCCGCCACGACAAAGCCUCACUGACGUCACCAACUCCCUAGCAGAAAACUUUGUUAAAAUGCGCGUAUCCGUCCAAGACACUAUAAGCAAACACAUCUCCCAGCAGCAACAGGAACAGAAGCCCUCCAGCCGCACUCUUGGCGCCCAAGAUUCCCUGACGCCUGCGGAACGCCAGGGGAACGAAGCAGCCGUCUUCAGCCACCUCUUAUCAAGACUGGCUACCUGCGACGACCCCGAAGUCCUUGCCGCUGCGAAACACCACCUCCCGACGAGCCUGCUGCUGCGGUUCUUGCAUCUGUUAGAAUAGCUGCCCGCGACCGUCUUUCAAAAAGUGCGACAUUGCCGUCCGCCGGAGACACCGAAUGCACUCCAGACAUUGUUGGACAAAGUGUACACAGGCGAAUAAACAACGCCGUUAAAGCCAAAGUUACAGUCUUAAUUUUUAGCAUGAGUCAGCGUAAAGCUGCAUUUGUAUCAGUGGAUAAAAAAAGAAGGAAAUCUUGCAUAUGCACACACACACACACACACACACACACACACACAC